UACUGGUUGUGGGUCUUUUUUGUUUGCAUUAAAGUGCUGUAACCUGCCUGAACGUAACUCGUUGAGCUUAGUUCUUUGCUAUUUUGAGAAAUACGCGCUGAGCGUGUGUUCAGAGUAGCCGCACUAGUCGAGGCCGCCCACGAAUUUCCUAACCUUUCCUGCCCAUUGUGGUUAGGUACUAUCUCGCAAUGGAAGAACUUCCAAGUUGUGACCAAGAAGUGAUUGAAGCAGAAGAAGGAGAGUCAUAUUUCCAGGAUAUUGAUAUUUUGCAAAACCAUGGAAUUAAUGUGGCUGACAUCAAGAAGCUCAAAUCUGCUGGUAUAUGCACGAUAAAGGGAAUUCAAAUGACAACAAGGAAACGUCUGUGUGCAAUAAAAGGCAUCUCCGAGGCCAAGGUGGACAAAAUCAAGGAAGCCUCCCUGAAACUUGCUGAAUCAGGUUUCCUUACUGCGCUGGAGUACAGCGAUCGUCGGAAGAUGUGCUUCAAAAUUUCCACCGGAAGUUCAGAGCUCGAUAAAUUAAUGGGAGGUGGAGUUGAAAGCAUGUCAAUAACGGAAGCAUUUGGAGAGUUCCGCACAGGAAAGACGCAAUUAUCGCAUACUCUUUGUGUUACUGCACAGCUCCCAGGCAGUAAUGGAUAUGGCGGUGGAAAAGUUGUCUUUAUAGAUACCGAGAAUACCUUCCGGCCUGAUCGACUGAAAGAGAUUGCAGACCGAUUCAACCUGGAUCAUGAAGCAGUGUUGGAAAAUGUCCUGUAUGCCCGUGCAUAUACAAGUGAACAUCAGGCAGAGCUUCUUGAUUUUGUGGCCGCAAAAUUCCAUGAAGAGCUGGGUGUUUUCAAACUUCUGGUGGUUGACAGUAUAAUGGCCCUGUUCCGGGUUGACUUCAGUGGCCGCGGUGAGCUAGCAGAUCGACAGCAAAAACUUGCUCAAUUGUUGUCACGGCUGCAGAAGAUCUCAGAAGAGUACAAUGUAGCGAUAUUCAUUACCAAUCAGAUGACUGCUGACCCUGGAGCCACAAUGUCGUUUCAAGCUGAUCCGAAGAAGCCUAUCGGUGGUCACAUUCUAGCACAUGCGUCAACAACUCGUUUGAGCCUGCGCAAGGGCAGGGGAGAAGUCAGGAUAGCAAAGAUCUAUGACAGCCCUGAUAUGCCAGAGAGUGAGGCCAGCUUUGCACUAACAAGUGGCGGGGUUGCAGAUGCCAAGGAAUAGCAGCGUGUCUGGGUGCUGUGCCACCAAACACAGUAGGUUGCCUAUGUCGUAAGUCACCGGCACAUGUCAUGCAUGUGCACUUCCUUACUUGCCAUUUACUAGUGCCAGUGCUGGCAGUCCAUAGUGAAGUGUCACAUUGACAACACCAGAACCACUUCUCAAGAUAUAGACUUUGCACAAGAAAAGAUUACCCUUGUUAUGCCUCCAUUGGCCUCAGUCCAUAGGUAAAUUUUUAUAUUGCACAAUACGAAAUUCACUUUAUAUCAUCUAGAGUUCCCCUCAUGCUAGGAAAAUAAUAAUUAUUAGGGAUAGAGAUUCCAUUGUUUAUCCUCCACUUGUACUUCAAAUUAGUUCUACUAGCAGUUCUGUUAGCUCACAUGUAGGGCAGUGCUAGCCCGCACCGAGUGAGGUGACUCUAAGCAAUGAUUUAGGCAUGUUACCAUACUGCUACUAGUCUUGCAGAGAAGACAAUAUUCAGGCUUUGUAACGUUAGCGUUAGCUGCUGUGACACCUCAUUGCCAUUCAUAAAUCAACUUGAAUAUCCACACAGCCAAGUCUUGGACUUGGUGCAAACGUCA